AUGGGAAAGCGGCCGCCCUCACUCCGCAUCCAGACAGUGGCGGCAGCCGGCCGCCCGCCCCGAGCCGCGGAGCAUCGCCCGAGCCCGGCCCGCGGAGCCCAGACCCCGGCCCUCACUCCGAGCGCGGCAGCGGCUCCUGCUGAUCCCCUCGAACCUGGUGGAGAUAUGAAAGAAAAUCCAGAGCAUAACUUAGGGCCUAGCCUAAAAACAUUAAUCAAGAAGGAUGUCCACGGUCUGGGUUUGGUCCUGAUUGAACAUGGAUCCUUUCUGCAGAUUGUGAGUAUUGUUGGGGACAGUUCCGGAGACAGCAACAGAGCAACAAAUCUAAAGCCAGGAGACAUCCUGGUUAAAAUCGGCAACAAAAAUGUCCUGGGCUACAGUCUGCGGGAACUGCGCCACCUAGUGGGUGAAAUUCCAAUAGGAACUCAACUACAGCUUAUCGUGUACAGAAAUUAUAAGGAACUCCCAGAAAACUGGAAAGCACAGGCAGAAACUAUACAUUCAAACGAGAGCAUUCAGGAAGGGGAGACUGGCAGGUCAAGCAGCAGUGAUGAAGAUGACAAAAAUGAACAGUCUACUGUUAAGUUCAAGAACUUUAGGCCCCUUUCCUUAUUUUGGCAUGAUAUGGGUAUAUACAUCCCACCCAUCUCCAGAGCAUGGCAUGCACCAAAGAAGAACCAGAGUGUACUCCUUGUUGGUCCCCAUGUUGACUUUGACAUUGUGUUCCACCAAGCUUUUGAAGAUGAUGCUAUUUCAAAUGAUGGUGAAGAAGAAGUGCCCAAUCUUGACUCCCUGUGGUCUGCGCUGUCAUACUCCACAAGCUCCACAUCAUCUUCCUCAUCACCCACAGACUCACAGUGGAUCCAUCAGUUCAAUGCUCCAAGCUCCAUUGGUGGCAAGUAUCCUUUGGGCAAGUCAUCUCAACAGGGUCCCAGCCCACAUCCAGAGCAACCCAUUAAAGUGGAAAGCCUAGAGGGUCAGAAGCAGGGGGAGGAGGUAGAAACCACUGAAUCUACAACUGACACAACUACCCUAGAGAGUUCCAUAAGCUUCAGCACUGAAUCCCUGUUGCAGAAUUCCCAGAGUCUAUCCUUGAACACCUCCACACAAUCCAAUGAUACAGACUCAGAAACUUCUACUUCAAUAGAGGAUCAAAUGGCAAAAUCUUCUGGUUCAGACACAACUGUUGACAAAACUCACUCUGUACCUGGGAAGAGAAGGAGCCGAUUCUACUUCAAGAUGCUAAGAUAGCUGUUUAUCUAAACAUAGAAUUUACAGCAUAGAAACUGGCCAUUUGGCCCAAAUGCUUGCGCUGACAUUUAUGUUCCACAUGAAUCUCUUUCCAUUCCUUUUA